AUGUCACUCACUUUACGUUCAUUCCUGGCGGGCGCCAUGCUGGUCAUCUCCCCUACUAUAGCCUCGGACAACCCCGUUGUCAAGCGAGCCCGCUUCGAUGCUGAGGCCGUUAUCAUCAAGGGAACAUGGUCAUGUACUCCUGAACAGAUUCUCAUUAUAGAUCAGGCCGUUGUGGACGCCCACGAGUUCGCUAACGAAGCUCUCACUGCGCUCAAGAACCCCAAUGUUCUAAGCUCACCGGCGUAUGACAACUGGUUUGGGUCCGACGCUGGCGGCGGCCCCUCGGUCGCCAUCCUCAGAGACCGCCACUACCAAGUUGUCAUUGACUCCCUUAAGCCCCCUAGCGUCGAGACCGCUUUCCGCUUCAAGCCAGAACCCUUCUUUCCUCCCAACACUGUCACCGAGAACAGUCUUGUCUUUGGUUGCUCUGGAGCCACCGGCCCCUGUGCAGAUGGCGCCAUGGUUGCGGGAGUGAACAGCGCAACGGAGAGCCAACCCGCUGUGUUUGGUACCACCAUGCUACUCCUCUGCGAGACUUUCUUCGAUGCGACGCGUGCCUCGAACAAGAAGAUGAUUGAGAACUGGAGGGCCGAAAGCUCUGUCGGGGAAAUGUCGCGUGGCUUCGCCUUGGUGCACGAAGUCCAGCACAUGCUUCUCGCCACGGGAGACGGCGAAAGAGCUGAUGAUUUGAAUAACCCCUUCUUUGGCAUCGUCGACGAUAGGUCUGAGGAUUGCUAUUCUGCUAACUGCUGCUUCCGUUUGUCAGCGGCCGAGAAGGCCAAGAACGCGCAAAACUACGCCAUCUUCGCUCUCGACGUGACGGCGUUCCCUAUCACGGAGGAGCAACCCAACGCUUGCCAAGCUCCUGCUCGCCCGUCCACGCUAGCUAAAGUAAGACGGCAAAUGACCUUCUCCAACUCGACCAUGUCUUCAGGAGCAUCUUCAUCAUCAGCUUCGGCCACGCGGACUCCCAUUCCGCCAGUGCUCUUCAGCUCGACUUCGCAACCUCCCGCUUCGAGAGUCUCUUCCGCCAGACCCUCCUCCAGCGCCGAGGUCGUCGAAGUCUCCGGUGCUGUCGCUGUCAUCAUCCCCGCAGGCGCAGUCGCAUUCGGCGGCCCGGGAGGCGGCCUCGCCAACUUUGGCGGCGUCAUCAUCCCCGUUCCCGAAGGCCAGACCGUCAGCGACCCGUCUAAGGAUCCCAAACCCUCCGGUGAGGCUCCGUCCACCACGCCUGGACAGCCGAGCACCACCAGCUCGGCGCCAGCCACGAGCUCUAGCUGCGCGCCUCCGGCCCAAAAGUCGUACGGUCCCGCUGUCGAGAAGGUCUGCGAGGACUGGUCCGGGAUGAACCAGACUGCUUUCCUAGGCCUCAUGGACGCAGUUCCCGUAGUCGACUGGGAAGGCGCUUCUGUCGUAUCUGCGACCCCUACCCCUGAUAAAGUACAGCCUUCGCCUACUUCAUCAACGAGGGCCCUCACGACAGCAUCUACAUCAGCCUUAAGCACAGCGGUACCAGUUCCGCCCCCAAAACCUCGAUGGAGUGAGAAGCCCACCGGCUUCACAAAGACGUUUGAGCAAGACGGAGUAGCUAGCGCGUUCUAUUAUGCAUCAUCCGACAGCGCGAGCGAAAAUGUCACAGACAACAUCGAGCAGUGGUGUCUUGCCAAGUGCACAGGUGAACACUCUCAGUGUAUACUGAAAAAGUAG